AUGAGCUCGGGUGCGGCUUCUCGGGAGAUUGAGAGCUUGAGGGCAACCGUUCUUGAGCUGCAAGCUAGGAUCAUACGGCUGGAGCAUCGUGUCGCGGAGCUUGAGGGCGACGAGGCUGAGUUCGCAGUUGUGGACCUUCCUGCUGGGUCAACGGAGGAGGUCGGCUUGUUUUUGAGGAGGUGCUUGAACGGAGAGCCCCGCGGGACUUCGUCGAGGGACAGGCUGCAGCUUGCUUCGAGGCCCUUCGUGAAGCAGGGGUCUGACUGUGGUGACUCCAUCUUCGUCGGCCUUCCGACCAAGGGUGACAUCAAGAAGGCGUUGCUGGCUGGCGACGGGUUAGACGGUAGCUCCCUCUUCGUGUACGACGGUGAGGCCUCGGACGCCGACUACGUGGUGGGCACCCUCAAGGUGAAGACCGAAGAGGAGGAGGCCGACACUGCGAUCGAGGUGAUCUUCGUGUGUGACAUCGACGGCAAGUGCCUUGCUGCAGUGCCCCAGGCAGCAUGGAACAGGAAGGCUCAAAAUCGAAAGUUGCCCCCGGGGGCACUGGGCAAGGCCACAGCUGUGGAAGUGGCCGCGGCCGCCUUGGAGUCUCGGGGUGUCGUGGCGAACGGUGUCCGGAUGAAGAUCUGGCUGGGCUUCCUCGACCCUGGUCUCGAGGCGCUAGUCUCGUUCGAGGGGGAAGCCGGCGCGGUGGACGUGGCCUUUGCAGCGGUGGGAGGAGGAUCUGGUUAUCUUCCUCAUUCCGAUGCCCUGGUGGAGGUGGCGAAAGACAAGUUCCAGUUCCACACGGCCUCGGAACACCCUCAGCAGGACGAGCCCGUGAAGCACAGCUUGGAGGCGCGGAUGGCAAAGAUGGAGGAGGCAGUGGUCGCGAUGUCCACUUCGAUCAAGGCGUUGGCGGCUGCUCCCCCUGCGGUGGCUGCACCGGCCAAGGCCGAGCGGACAAGGAUGUCGGAGACAAGCAGGCCAGCAGCUGCUGCUCCAGACGGUUCUGGGUUGGAUCCUGGGGUCGUGCGCUCGGCUGUGGCAGCGGGUCUGGAUCCGGAGUCCAUUCAGGACAUGGCGAGGCUUAUCGGGGGAAAUCAGGCGAGGUUGCUGCGCGACAAGCCGGUCAAGGCCGCAAAGCCGAAAACCGUGUUGGAGGAAUCCGAGGACGACGAGGUCGAGGACGAGCCGCGUGGAGCGGGCACGGGCGAGAUCGCCCUGCCAGUGGAGACGAGCGAUCCAGUGGCCACCGCGGUGUUGAAGUUGACAGCCCUUGUGGAAGACCUGCACCAGCAGAAGAGCAAGCGCGGCUCAAAGUUGGAGCAGGCUUUGGACUCAGCCGGAGGGUCGGGCUCCACAUCGGAAGGCGCCGGUGUUGGAUCUCGAAAAAAUUCUUUGGCAAGGCGGGCGCUUCGGGCAGCACUCCACGAAUCGCCGGAGGAGAUCUACAGCGUGGUGGAGCGGCUGAUGCUCGAAGACUUGACUUCAAGAACGCUCGUGCCCGGGAUGCCCAGGCCAGAGCUUUCGGCUCGGGCUUGGCUGGAGAGUCGUUCGAGGUUGCAGAAUUUUCCAGCUGCGGUGAGGCAUGCUUGGGGCACGGCCGGGAUUUUGGACGCCCUGAUUGCCAACCGCCCCAAGGAGGCGCGAGCACGUGCAUGCCUGAUGAUUCUGCAAGCAGACCAAGUCGCGGUGGACCGCGGCGGCUGGGCCUUAGCGGCGGAGGCAUCACUGGAGCUGCCUCCACCGUUUCAUCAGUUCGCUGCCCACAUCACGCCAGACCCCACGGAACAGCCGAUGUCGAGGCUCAUGGACCCGAGAUGGGGAGAGAUCUUUCUUCAGCACAUCAAGGAGACCGACGAUUACAUCGACCGCCGACGCAAGCAUGGCAGCAGACAGAGCGGUCACGGCAACGAGGGCCAGGGCGAGGAUGCGCCAGGCGAUGGGCCCCCGGGCGUGAAAGUCCCUGGAGCUGGUGCGCCUACCAUUCGUGUGGCGGCUUUGGUGAACUCAUUGCCAAGGAAGGUGCUGGAUAGUUCGUGCUCCUUCUCUUCGUUUUUCGCAGGCCUGUGCCGCAAGCCUCAGAAGAAUGCUGAGGUGACGUCUUCAUUCUGGCCCAUGCCGCUCCCGUAUCCAGAAGUGAUCCAGUCCGGGAGUGGAGGUGGCGGUUGUUGGUCUAAGAGGUUGGUCAACUUAGCCGUUGCGGUGAUGAAUUGGCUUCAUCUCGGCAGGCCCCGCUGUGCUCCCUCGGGCUUGGAGGCUGGAGUUCCACUGUCGAAGAGGCAGUGGGGUAUGGUGCAGCUUUUGGCUGGUCUAGUUGGAGACGGUGAUUUUUCCUUUGUGCUGGAGCCCGCCGAUCUGGGCCGAACGGCUGCCAAGCUUGAGGACCAAGACGCGAUCCUGGGUGCUAUCCAUCGGGCUGUUCUCUCCUUGGAGGUGGGAGCGCCUGCUUACCUGGGUCCGAGGUGCUCAUUUGGGGGCUCAACCGCGGAUCAUUUUGAGGACCGUGGGUGCGCUGGCCCCCCUUUUCCUACGGCUAAGCCUUUCGGCUGGAUGUGCGGCAAGCUCCGGGGCAAAAAGCUUACCAAUGCAAAAGCCAUUCAAGCAGAUCGCAUCAGCAUGCCUCCUGCCCCUUCGUUUGACCCCGUGCCCUUCCUUGACCCGAAGACGGCAGAUGUUUACCAGUGCCCGCUCGCUCACCGUUUGCAGCAACCUCGGGAGCCACCGCCUCUCAGGUCAGUGGUCAUGGCCAGCCGCUUCGAGAAGCUCGAGCUCUUCAAGAAGCUUGCACGUUCAGGACGGCUCGGCAUCCUUAGCACCAUUGAGGUCUCGAGUGGCAUCACUAGUGGGAUGUUUUGCGUGACGAAGGACAUGGAUCGUGAUCGCCUCAUUCUUGAUGGGCGAGGCGCGAAUGUCUAUGAGAUCCCCCUUAAUCAUUGGACGAAGCAGCUCGCUUCAGCAGAGAAGGUGGCGGGCAUCUACUUGGCCCCCGGCUUCUCUCUGCUGGCUUCCGGUCGCGACCUCAAGGACUUUUUUUUACCAGUUCAAGGUGCCUCUUUGAUGACGAACCCCUCGAAAGCUUUUCAGAACCAGACCAAGGCAAAAUUCUGGGGCAUCGAGUUGGACGGGAUUCGUGGUGUGAUCAGGCCGGCUACGUCGCGUCUUCUCUCUAUCAUGGACCUUAUAUUCGCAGCUGGGGCCGGUGACGAGCUCGAUCGAGUAGUUCGCCUGUCCCCUGAACUCAAGGCCGAGCUGUGGUGUCUUGUUAGAGCUCGCAGGAGGUCUCAGCGCCACAGGCGCUCUCGCGAGAGUGUUGAAUGCGCGCCCCCACCGCCAGGACUGCUUGAUGGAGCGCCACUUGGUUUUCCACUGCGGCAGUUCUUGUUGCCCUCGUCGGCGCCUGACUUCGGGGCGCCAGGCUGUUUGGACCUGUUUAGUGGCUCGGGUGGCCUGGCCAGAGCCCUCGUUCGGUGCGGGGCGCCCUGGGUGUUAACUUUUGACACGAAGCACGGCCCAGAGCAGGACGUUUUGCAAGAGCCUCUCAGGAGCAAAAUCUUUGGUGCAGUCAGAGGUGGAUUGUUCAGGAUCGUAUCUAUGGCCCCACCGGUUGGGACGCUUUCGACUUCAGUGAGCCCUCGGUGUCGAUCUCGCACCCGACCUUUAGGCCACCUCUGGCUCCGCGGUGCCACUGCCUCCAAGGUUGCAGCUGAAAAUGAGCUUGCAAGAUUUUGCGUGGAUAUGAUCAGUGCUUGUGUUGCUGCGGGGCUUGGUUGGAGCCUUGAGCACCCUGACUCGUCUUUUCUUUGGAGGCUGCCGGGGUUCGAGGCCUAUGCCAACCCUCUUUCAACUGAGAUCUGGAGAGGAGACAUGUGCACUUUCGGGACCCCUUGGAGGAAGAGGACCCGUUUGGCAACUUCGCUGGAGCUUCGAGGCGGGCGACGAUUCUGCCGAUGCCGUCACCCGCAUGUGCUACUGCGGGGCCGAGUGCCCGGUCGUCCGGAUGUGUCGCGGGCCUCGGUCGCAAAGCCUUACCCUAGAGGUUUUGCCCAAGCGGUCGCCUUUUCAGCUUGCAGAAGUGGCGGAUGGUGCGAUCCCAAAGGCAAGUUGGAGCUGUCAGACUGCGCACGGUGUGGGAGCAGGCGGAUUGGGGAAGCCAAGAACCCUGGACCAAGGCGCGGCCCGCGGGCUCGCGUCGGCGACCUUGAGUCGCGACCGCUGCAAACGGCGGCGACUUUGCGAUACGAAGAUCGCCUCUGGGAGGACUUUGUGACGUGGAGCUCGUCUUGUCUGUCGGACCCCUGUCUUGUCUUCUCUCUUGUCCCCGCUUUCUGCGCCAUGGCCCUUCGUGCGUACUCGAAUGACUGCUUUGGCCGAGGAAAGACCCUUAGUUCUUUUCGGCACACGAUCAUUGCUGCACAAAAGAGGAUCUUGGGAGUCAAGCCAUUUUUAUCUAUGGCUUGGGAGAUGGUAUCAAGAUGGGAAGCGUUGGAACCUCCCGUGCAUCGCUGCCCAAUUCCGGAGCCUCUGGUGAAAUCCAUGGUGUUUCUUGCUUGGGCUUGGAAGAUGGAAAGAUGGGGGGCCAUCACCUUGUUGGCCUUCUAUGGGUUGGCGAGAAUCGGUGAGGUGCUAAAGUGUCGGCGCCGUGACCUGCUUUUACCUGGUGACCUGCUCGACGACGACUCACGCUGCAUUUUUCUUAAUCUUCGCGAGUCCAAGACCUCCACUCGCGGCCGACCUAAGGUGCAGCACACGCGUGUCAGCGAUGCGCGUGCAGUGGAGCUCAUCGAGCGGGCCUUUGUAAACCUUGACGCCGAGGAUCUGCUCUGGCCCUCUUCGCCAUCUACAUACCGUUACCGCUGGGAUUUUCUACUGCGGCAGCUGGAUGUGCCGCGAGGCCUGGCCUUAACGCCUGGAGGACUGCGCGGCGGCGGCGCGGUCCAGCGGUACAGGCUGGGAGUGACGCCUGGUGAGCUUCAAUGGGCCAUGCGGCUAAAGCACAUUUCCACCCUUGAACAUUAUCUGCAGGAACUGGCAGCCGUAACGGCCCUGACCGAGGUCUCCGAUCAUGGUCGCUCGCGAAUCAAGACAGCUGCCAGAUUGUACGACAUGGCGUAA